GCCCAACGAUCACACUUUACUAACAUCUCAUCGAGAAGACGUGGCAACCAUGAAUUACCUGAUAAUCUUCGCUUUAGCGGCGGUGGCAGCUGAUCGACUUGACAAAGACCUGUACCUUCCCCCCCACGCUGGGUCUUCAGGAGGAGCCAGCGCAGGACUCCAAGGCCCACGAAACUCUGCUGGUAGUCACCAGGCUCUCACUGGAAGCCAAUCUGGCCAGCCGGCUGAAAUCUUGAGAUAUGACAAUGAGAUUAAUGAAGAUGGAUACCAUUACGCUUUUGAGACCAGCGAUGGAACGAAAGCUGAGCAAGAAGGUCAGGUUGUGCCCGGAGCUAAACCAGAGGAAGGUUCUAUAAACGUGAAAGGCUCUUUCUCCUACGUCGGUGAUGAUGGACAAACUUACUCCGUGUCUUAUACCGCUGAUGAGAACGGCUUCAGGCCUGAGGGAGCUCAUCUGCCGACCGCGCCCCCGAUACCAGAGGAAAUAUUGAAGAGUUUACAGCUUACAGACACGAAGAGAGAUCAGUACAGCAGCCAAAAGAGCAGUUACGACGCUGACGCCGGAUACUAAUCUGUGUUCAUUUGACAACUCUCACGAGUUUUCGUUGUUGACAGCUGUCAAGCCUCGCCAUAUUUAACACCGUAUUAAACUUAGGUAUUUAAAAUUUGU